GGCGGAGCUGGGGCCUGCGCUGGAGGGUCUGCUCUGUGUUUACAGAGUGAUACUGGCUGCACUAAAGUUCGCGUAGUGGGAGCGUUGGGUUUGGCGGGUAGGGGUUACCAUGCUUCAAGUGUGUUAGUGGCAGAGAAGAGACAAGGUUAAGCAGCGAUGGCGCUUUCUCAAGAUACCUUUAUGCUAUAUUUAAAAAAACGCGUAGGUUUGCAUUGGCUAAGCGAGAGAACCCGUGCCGCGACUUGCCCACUUUGUAUCUAAGCCGCGACCCCCUAUAGCCAAGGGGACCUGGUGCCCUGAGCGCGGGUUCCACUGGACGCCACGUGUUAAUAAGGGCAUAUUUUGGUCAGCGUCUCCUCAACGGUGUGCCAGCUAUGGCCAGUGCCAUUGCUUCAAGGAUGAGCUUGAGCUCCUUAAAACGAAAGCAGUCCAAAACGUUCGGUGUGAGGAUAGUGACAAUGGACGCCGAGAUGGAGUUCAGCUGUGAGGUCAAAUGGAAAGGAAAGGAUCUAUUUGAUCUGGUUUGUAGAACACUUGGACUUCGUGAAACCUGGUUCUUUGGACUUCAAUACCAUGUGAAGGAUACUAUAGCAUGGCUCAAAAUGGACAAAAAGGUUUUAGAUCAUGAUGUUUCCAAAGAGGAACCAAUUACUUUCAGCUUCCUUGCCAAGUUUUACCCAGAGAAUGCAGAGGAGGAGCUUGUCCAGGAAAUUACACAACAUCUUUUUUUCCUGCAGGUGAAAAAGCAGAUUUUAGACGAAGACAUCUUUUGUCCUCCUGAAGCAUCUGUUCUGCUGGCGUCAUAUGCUGUCCAGGCUAAGUAUGGAGACUAUGAUCCUAAUGUACAUAAGCCUGGUUUCUUAGCCCAAGAGGAACUUCUACCAAAACGGGUUAUAAACCUCUAUCAAAUGACUCCAGAGAUGUGGGAAGAGAGAAUAACAGCUUGGUAUGCAGAGCACAGGGGCAGACCAAGAGAUGAAGCAGAAAUGGAAUAUUUGAGAAUAGCACAAGAUCUUGAGAUGUAUGGUGUUAACUACUUUUCAAUCCGGAACAAAAAGGGAACUGACUUAUUGCUGGGUGUGGAUGCUUUAGGUCUACAUAUAUAUGAUCCAGAGAACAAACUUACUCCUAAAAUCUCCUUCCCUUGGAAUGAAAUUCGCAACAUUUCUUACAGUGAUAAAGAGUUUGCAAUAAAGCCUCUUGAUAAAAAUAUAGUCGUUUUCAAAUUUAACUCUUCAAAGUUAAGAGUCAAUAAAUUGAUCCUUCAGUUAUGUAUUGGAAAUCAUGACCUCUUUAUGAGAAGGAGAAGGGUGGACUCUCUGGAGGUGCAGCAAAUGAAGACUCAGGCAAGAGAAGAAAAAGCAAGGAAGCAAAUGGAAAGGCAGCGCUUGGCUCGAGAAAAACAGCUGAGAGAAGAAGCAGAGCAAGCACGAGAUGAGCUAGAGAGAAGACUUCUGCAAUUACAAGAGGAAGCCCAGAUGGCCAAUGAAGCCCUGUUGAGGUCAGAGGAGACUGCAGACCUCCUAGCCGAGAAGGCCCAGAUUGCAGAAGAGGAGGCCAAGCUCCUUGCACAAAAAGCAGCUGAAGCUGAGCAGGAGAUGCAGAGGAUCAAAGUGACUGCCAUUCGUUCUGAGGAAGAGAAAAGGCUUAUGGAGCAAAAGGUACUGGAAGCAGAGAUGCUUGCACUCAAAAUGGCAGAAGAAUCCGAACGAAGAGCCAAAGAGGCAGAACAGCUGAAGCAAGAUCUACAGGAAGCACGAGAAUCAGAGCGUAGGGCAAAACAUAAGCUUCUGGAGAUUACAAGCAGGUCACCAUAUACACCAACCAAUUCCACUACAAAUGCUAUGGCAUUAGAUGCGCCCAGCUUCAACUUCAACCCUGAGAACCUCUCCUUUGAUUUUAAGGAUACUGAUAUGAAACGACUUUCCAUGGAGAUUGAGAAGGAGAAGGUGGAAUACAUAGAGAAAAGCAAACACCUUCAAGAACAACUUAAUGAGCUUAAAACAGAAAUUGAGUCUUUGAAACUGAAAGAGCGGGAGACCCCUUUAGACAUCUUACACAGUGAAAGCUCUGAGAGAGGUGGAAGCAAGCAGAGCACCAUUAAAAAGCCUCUGAAGACUGGUCUGUAUUACAGAUACCACUUGAGUUGACCUUUAAAGCUCACACUACAAAGCACUAAGUCCAGAGUUGCCUUUUUUGAGGAACUCUAACAAGUCCAAGUUUUCCAGUGGUCAUCUAUUUCAGUGAUAAUCAGAAUGUCAUUGUGGAGACAUGUUGGUGACAUCCAUGGGACUGUUAAGUGGUACUUUUCAAAACUGUAGGGGAAGAGGAGACCUGAAAUCUGAGUGCUGUUUACAUUUUGAGAUGUUUACAUCCAGCAACUGGGAGAUAAUUAGCUACUCCCACGUAAGAAACAUUUCUUGUGGCAGGUAAUCGCUAAACCUGCACUUUCCAGUAUCCCAAUGUAUUAUUCAGGUGUGUAGAACUCCAUAAAUGUGACAUUGAACAUUAACAUUUGGCACUUCAGUAUUUUUGUCAAUGGCAGAAAGGGAGUUUUUAAAAUAAAUAAAUAUAUAAAAUUGUAAAUCAUCCUUUGUAAAACUUGACAGUGCAGCACAUUUUUAAGAACUGACAUGUCAGCAAUCCCUUAAUAAAAUCCAGGUCCUAGCAAAGGAGACUGAGAACUAGAAUUUUCAAUUUCUAUGACUCUGCAGCAAGAGGAAG